AUGUACGAAUACACCAGGACGAUCGAGCGUCAGCGCAUUUGCUCCGGCUCCGAGCGUCUGCGACAGCUUUUCCACGUUGGAGCGCCGGAACCAAUGUGGUCGGCAAGAUUCACUGGUAGUCCGUACUCCUUUGAGGUCUACGACCGCUGGCUCCGUGAAGGGAAUCUGCCCAUGGGCGUGGUGGAGGCGAACAAUCGGAUGGCGGAUGGCGUGCUCGAGGACUGGGGCUACAUGAAGCUAGCGGAGCUCUACCAUUGUGUGCGCUGGCUCGAAGACCACCGUUUUCGUGAUGCUAUUCUCGAUGCAUUCCUGGGAAAGCUGCAAUCUCCGAGGAGCGUUGAUCUACCAGGACCUGAAUGCACGCUUGGCUUUACGACCCUCGGUCUGGCGUUGAGGCGGACCAGCUGA